CACGGGAAAAUCACCUAGUUAUCAUAUAUUUAAAAAUACAUUUAACUUAUUUAUCUCAAAAUAUACAUAAUUUGAGCCUUCAAAUAUGUUAUUGUAAUAAUAUUUCCAAUUUGCUGAUGAGGACUCCCCUCAAUAUGUUAUUUCCCAAAUUGCAAGUUAACUUCCAAUCCACGUAAGCUUUAUCAUAUUUAUACAAAAUUGAUAUCGAACCUUAAAAUUAGGGUUUUGUGUGAUUUUAUCUCUGAACUGGGGUGUCUUCCAAAUCUAGGGCAGAGAAUGACGAAUGAGCCACCGUCUCUGAUUACGUCACUUCCCGACGACAUCGUCCUUGACAUCUUAGCGCGUGUACCAAGAUGGGACUAUCCAACUCUCUCCCUAGUUUCUCAGCACUUCCAAUCACUCGUUGUGUCCCCUGAGAUAUACUCGAGAAGAUCUUUGUUGAGGUGCACCGAAAACUUUUUAUACGUUUUAGUACUUAGUAAGCGUGGUUACUGUUUAUAUAUUCUUCACCGAAAAGCCUUUGUCCAUAUCUCUUCCCUUUCGGAUAUUCCUUACUGUGAAAGCUUUGUGGCAGUAGGUUCGAGGAUAUAUAUGUUUGGUGGGGUCGUUGGCGUCUCAUCCAAUGCGUUUAGCAUUGAUUGUAGAUCUCACACUGUGAAACCCCUCCCCCACAUGCCUAUAUGCUUGGCACAUACGGUUGCUGGCUUUAUGGACGAGAAGAUUUACGUAUUUGGACAGUGCAGUAUGAAGUCAAUGGUGAUGGUGGUUUUCAAUACAAAAACACAUAUGUGGGAGCCUGGAUUAAUAAAGCCAGACAUUUCGCCAGAGACCUGGGAGUUUGGUUCUAUGGUGGUGAUGGCUGAUAAGAUUUACAUUAGGUCAAAUCCGAGUAGCUUUAUCUACGCGCCAAAGGAAAGUAAAUGGGAAACAGAUGAGAUGCUGAACUCCAAGAACUGGGAUAAUGAUUCGUGCGUCGUUGAUGACGUAUUGUACUACUACGAUAGUUACGAGGAUCGUUUAAGAGCGUAUGAUCCAAAGCAGAAGUGCUGGGGGGUGGUGAAAGGUUUGGAUGAAGAGUUGUUUGAUGAGAUAAGAAGAGGUCCAUAUUGGCCAUACACUGCGUGUUUCGGUCGGAAUCUGCUUUUGUACUUUUAUAAAAGAUAUCAAGAACCUCGGAGUAGAACACCAAGUAAGAUUUGGUGGGCAGAGAUUUCACUGGAAAGACGUCAAGGAGGAGAGAUUUGGGGUAAAGUUGAGUGGUGCGAUAGGGUUUUGUAUGAGCAAUCUGAAUUUGCAAUGCCUGUAUCUGUUAUGGUUUAAUAAUGCAUUAACUCUAUUUCAUAAAUUGUAUUUUGUUUUGUCUUUUAUUUUUAUUUGUUUAUUUAAUUGUUAUGAUCUGUUUUCACCCAGAUGUCUAGAUGAGUUUUCUUUUCAUUCACAGAUCGUUUCUUCUUCUUCAUUCAUAGAUAUUCAGGUGAAAUAUAUUUAGAAAAUUUGAUUCCUGCUCUUUAGUAAGAUCAGUGUAACUGAGGAAACAUCUACCUUUUAAUCUGUUGAUGUUUGUGAUAGUAUCCAAAAUGAACAAAAAGGUCCAGUGGUCAAGGAAGCUAGUACAAGGCCAAUCUGUAGAACUGUUGUAUAGUGUUCAUUAUUGUAGUUUUGGUUUAGAUUUUUCUUUCAGUUAGCAUUGGAGAUAAGACAAGCCGUUACUACCCUCUCGUACCCCAAUAGGUGUGGGACUGCGGAUUCGUAGCUAGAUGAUUUCAUGCCCGAACCACUUCUUUUAGUUCCAUGUAUAUAGUUGAUCUUUAUGUUUAGUGAAGAUAUGAGGAUUAUAAUAUGCCUUUUGUAGAAGUUGUUCCUUCAAGGAAAUGGUCUGUCUGAAGCAAUUCAUAACAAGUGACUUUCAAAGGUGAAUCAUGUAGGAGAUGGACUGCAUCUCUCCACAAAACCCAUAAAAAUAGAAGACUCGGCCCUCCAAAGCCGGUCCAGGAUCAGCUUGGCCUUAAAGAUAGAUCGGUCCGAUUACUUUUGAUUAUUGCAAUUUAGUAGGAUCAGUGUAUUUGAGGGAACAUCAACUAGUUAAAAUGUGUUGAUGUUUGUGACGUUAUUAAAAUGAACAAAAAAGUACAGUGGUCAAGGAAGCUAGUACAAGGCCAAUCUCUAGAAUUAUUAAUGUACAGUGUUCACUAUUGUGGUUUUGGUUUGGAUUUUUCUUUAAGUUGGCAUUGGAGAUCAGUAAAAGCUGUUACUACCUUCUCAUACCCCAAGAGGUGUGGGACUGCUGAUUCUAGGCAGAGGACUAUAAUAUGCCUUUUGUAGAAGUUGUUCCUUCAAGGAAAUGGUUCGUCCGAUGAAUCCAUUCAGUGGAAGAUAUAGCAUCUCUAAAGCAUCUUAUGACAAGUGACUUGUAAAGGUGAAUCACUCUCUGAAAUCUUCUUUUUGUUAGUCACGCGUUCAAAUAACAGUCAAAGCGUGAAGAUUGCAAGUUCAUCUUUCUGAAAAUUUCUAUCAGAACUUCCAGAGACAUUCACCUGUCACUAGCUACUAUUCUUAUAUGAAUCAAAUCACCUUUGAGUACUAUUGUUCCAUGGCCAUGGCUUUUACAACAUUGAAGACUUACAGUGUUUACCUGUAUCUGUUUCAGAUGCUGGAGAACACGGUAUUGAAAACGCCAAAGUCGGUUUUAUUCAAGAUGUGUUUGCAGUUCUCCACAUUAUGAAUGUUGAAUUUAUCCGCGAGGUUUGUUUGUUUAGUCCCCUUUUUUAGAAUCUCAUGUUCUGACUAGUCAUAAAUCUUUACAUUUUCUUGAUACUGGUUAAUUAUUUACUCGAAUUUGUUUAUUUUCUUUGGAAAUAAUAAGCCACGUGUUAGGAUGUUUCAUGCUUUUUUAGCCGUGUUAAGAAAGAGGGAGGAUUAGGUUUGCUUGACUUCAGCACAUGGACCGAACUCUAUGCUUACGCUUAAUCUGGCUGCUGUUUGAAAAUGGGUCUUCCCUAUGGAUCAAGACAAACAGAAUGAGGGAGUGUAGUUUCUGGAGUUGUGACAUUUCAUAUUUACAAGGCUAAAUCUUGGACUUGGAAAUCUCUAUUGUAUUUACGGCCUUUGGCCUAUCGGUUCCUUCGUGGGAAACUUGGUGAAGGGAGGAAAAUCAGUUUUUGGUGGGACUUUUGGUCUCCAUUUGGUCCCCCUAUUGAAUGUUUUUGUCCUGAUGGCUCAAGACAAUUUUCACUCCAUAUUAACGCCUCUGUUUCAGAAGUAAAAUAUAUUAUCUAAUCUAUUAAAAUAGAGUCCUAUUUAAAAUUUACCUUGGCAUAUUUUAAAUUUGGACCUAUUGAAUAUGUUGUGACUAAAUAAUAAACACACAUUUUAUAUACAAUUUUAAAAUAAUGUAAUUUUGUCGACCUAAUAAUAUGCCUAAAUUUAAUUGUAACAUUAACUCAUAGUCAUUCGAUUCUGAUUAUUUGUAAUUGAAUUGUAAAAUCAGAAAACCAAACCUUAAUUUUAAUUUUUGGGUUGUGUAUCCAAAGGGAAGAAUAUGAUAUCUCAAUUCUUUGAUCAGACCAAAAUAUCGUACUUUCUUACCUUGAAGCAGACGUUUAUAUAGUCGCGAUCGUGUUCGACUCGAAGGAGAAAAAGUGUUUUAGAUCACCGGUGUUCUGUUUUUCUGUAUGUCUCUGUGUUUCUUCUGUUAUUAUCAUCGUGUUCUUUUUAUAGUGCGAUUCGAACGUAUCGAUGGUCGUCUCUUUACUCUAUCUUGGAUCGAUGAACAAUAGUUAACCUAAAUCCAUUAUUGGUGUAGUUUUCAAUUCCAGCGUUAUUGAAUCUGUUUUCAAAUCUCCUCUAACAUUCGUUGAUGUGAUGAAAUUGGCGUAGAUUAACCAUUGUAUGUAUGUUUGCUUGCUGAUUAAUUAUAUUGUGAAGUGACUGCUCUUUGUCGUGAUAGCUUUUGUCACUUUUUGUUUGAAUUAUUAUGUUUGAUACUGAGUCUUUCUUGUGUUCUUUAACGAGAUUGCAAAAAAAAAAAACUAUGGUGAUUGAAUAAUCGUGAAACAAUUGAAAAUUGAGCAAUUGGAGGGAUUAAAAAAAGUUAGAUAGAGUUCAACAAGUUUGUGCGGUCAUCUAUAUGGAACAAACGAAACUUCUGACAUAACAUUCUAUUUAAGAACACAUAUGAUCUUCUUCUUCUCUCCAAGCACCAGCAUCUCCACCGCCAAAGGCCAACAUGGGAGGGGAGCUGUUAAAGUGUCACAUACAUCAUUCUCUUAGAAACAUAUAAUAGAAAAGUAAAAAUAUCCGCCCAAUAACUACAGUUUUAUCAUGAGCUACAUAAAUAGUAUUAUUUUUAUUGAAUAAUAAACGGCUAUAUAAAUAACCAAAAAUAUCAUUAAACAAAUUUUAAAUAAUGAAUUAUGAAUUUAAUCUAUAAAAUAAAAGAUCAGUUGUGUGGACGUGCAUCCAAUAACCAAACCCAAAUUCAUAAAUAACCGAACGGUUUAUAUAUCUUUUGAGUCUAAAACUAAAACUAUAAUCAAACUAAAAC